CUACAAUCCAUUGAGUCAGUGCAGUUGCUCUCAGCUAAGUGAAUAGUGAGUUUCAAAUACUUGCCGUGCUUAAUAUUCACGUGGUGAACACAAGUUUGAUAAUACGCGGUGCUUAAGUUUCAUAUUUCGCAAAUUGCUUGACAUAUGGAAGUUAAUUAAAUUCAUUUUACAAGCCAAUAUUCAGAAUGGAGAGAAGAAAAGUUUCAGAAGUGAAGGAGACUGAUUACGGCUCAGUACAGUUAAAGGAAGAAGAAGAGUCAACAUGGUGUUUUUGGAGAAAGCGAAGAUAUAUUGUUGCAGUGCUUGCAUUUCUGGGUUUCUUUGUUUCGUACAUAUUACGUGUGAAUUUAAGUGUUGCUAUUGUGGCUAUGACUGAAAAUAGAACUAUAAAAAAUGAUGAUGGUGAAAUUAUUGGAUACCAUCAAGAAUUUGAUUGGGAUAGAAGGCUUCAAGGUCUCAUCCUGAGUUCGUUUUUUUAUGGAUACAUUAGUACUCAAUUAUUAGGUGGCUGGUUGGGAGCACGUGUUGGAGGAAAACGUGUAUUUGGACUAGGAAUUGCUGUUACUGCACUUUUUACCAUAGUGACCCCACAAAUAACAAGAUCUAGCGUUUAUUUACUUGUAGCCGUUAGAAUAAUUGAAGGAAUUUUUGAGGGCGUUACUUACCCUUGCAUUCAUGCAGUAUGGGCAAAUUGGGCACCACCAUUGGAAAGGUCAAAACUUGCUACAUUAGCUUUUUCUGGCAGUUUUGUUGGAACUGUUUUUGCAAUGCCUGUUUGCGGAAUCAUGGCAGAACGAUUUGGUUGGGAAAGUAUUUUCUAUGUUUUUGGAGGAAUUGGAAUGAUUUGGUUCGUUUGUUGGUGGAUUAUUGUUAAAGAUAGACCUGAAGAUGAUCCCUUUAUUUCUCAAGGGGAACUAACAUAUAUCAAGCUUUCACUUGGCAACGUUGAACGAAGAAAAAUUGUCCAUCCUUGGAAAUCAAUGCUGACAUCUGCACCUGUUUGGGCUAUUGUUUCUGCUCAUUUUAGUGAAAAUUGGGGAUUUUAUACCAUGUUGACACAACUACCUACAUACAUGAAUGAUGUUUUAAAAUACAAGUUGGAGAAAGCGGGAUUUAUGUCAGCUCUUCCAUAUUUAGUCAUGGCAAUUGUGCUUCAAUUAUCUGGCCACCUAGCAGAUUAUUUGAGAUCUGAAAAGAUUUUAACUACUACACAAGUACGAAAAACAUUUAAUUGUGGAGCAUUUUUAAGUCAAACAAUGUUUAUGACUGCUGCGGCGUUUGUGACAAAUCCUGUUGGAGCUGUUGCCUGUCUGACAAUAGCUGUCGGACUUGGUGGGUUUGCUUGGUCAGGAUUUAGUGUUAACCAUUUAGAUAUUGCUCCUCAGCACGCAAGCGUUCUAAUGGGAAUAGGCAAUACAAUUGCCACUUUGCCCGGUAUCGUCAGUCCAAUUAUUACUGGAUUUAUUGUACAAGAGAAGACUGCCUCGGAAUGGAGAGUUGUAUUUAUUAUCUCAGGAUUAAUUUAUCUGAUAGGAGCUACUAUUUACGGAAUUUUUGCUUCUGGUGAAAAACAACCUUGGGCCGAUAACAGUAAGAAGGAAAAAGUUUCGGCUUAUGAAAAUACUGCUAUGGAAAUAGAAACUUUUUAACAAUCAGAAUUAAACAUUUUCAAUUCAUCAUCUUACUUUUCUCACUUUUCCACGUUUGUGUUCAAUUAGAUUUAGUCCUUAUUUUUUAUAAUUGACAAAAAUAAUGUAAAUGAAAAGUUAACAAUUGUUUCUGUGAUUCCGAGAAUUAUGUGUAUGCAGGAUAGAUUUAGAAACCAAUUAGGGUCAAGUUUAAAUUCUCUUAAUGUAUAAAAAUUUAAACAAUUUACUGGAAAUAUUUAUUUCUUAUUUAAGGUUUGCUAUAAGUUAUUUAACACUCAUACGGUAACUUCUAAAACUUAUAAUUUUGGAACACUGGGUUAGUGUAGCACAGUCCAUUUUAGUUUUCAUAUAUAUAUGGGAUGAAUCUGCACCGUUUACAAGUUAUUUUAAAAUAAAAGUUUGAAAUCUCAGCAAUUGAAUGGCAUAAAUGAGAAAGCCAACAAAAUUAAUUUUGAAGUUUGAUAGUAGUAGUUUAAGGGAAAAAAAACAAAAAAUAAAAUUGAUGAAAAAAAGUACAUCAAAGGUGGGAGGGAAGUCCGUGUAUAUGUGCGCUUACCCCGCUUAUAUAGAAAUGAAGAGCAAUUCAAAAACAGACUGCGUUAGACUAACACAAUAUACCUUCAGAGAAUUAAAACUUCAUGACAAUAAUAUUUGUUAUUUAAACUUAAUAAGUUUAAAAUUAAAAAAAAAUAAUUUGACAAUCACGAAAUCUUAAAAUAUAUUUAAGAACUCGAACAUUUUAAGAAUAAAAAAUUUUAUCAAAUUAAA